UGGUGACAGCUGUUUCGCCUUUUGCCGCUCGUCAGGAAGGCGUAACAAACAAAAACUCUGCUGUGAAAAUUCACCCUCUCUCUUUUUUAGCUCUGACACUGAAACCCAAAACCCACCGAAUCACGCCACAUCACGUGUUUCCGGAGGCCAAGAGCCCAAGUAUCGCGUUGAUGUCUACUUGGUACAUUUUUGCUGAUCAGGUCUUCUUUAGACCCUACGUUUUGCGGCAUAUUCGCUUGCGGUCCUUAGUAGUUAAUUUUCUUUUAGCACUAAUUGAACAUAAAUCAAUUCAAAAUGUUUUCCAGAUUUGUAUCCAUGCCUGGAAGGAAACAAAUGCAGAUUUCAACAUCAGAUAUGCAAAAAAAUGAAAGGAACUCACUUGUGUGACUGCAUUGAUGGGUACUAUCACGGUUUCAGGAGGUGUGAAGGUACUAAGCUACUACAUACAGCCACAAUAUCCUUGUACGCAAAAACCAAAAAUCGAGUGUAUUUAUUUAUUUUUUAUACUAUGAAUAUUAGCAAAUCCUAGAGAAUAUUCCUGGGUCUCAUAUACUCUUAUCUUCCAUUAAAAUAAACAUGUUGACGUCAUCUCUAUGGUCGAUAAGAGUGCAGACCGUAUGAAGUUGAUGUUGAUUUGUUUUUUAUAAUAACAUCGACAGUUUUUGACGUCCGUUUCCGUUUCUUUGAAAGUCGCACGGGCGAAAAAGUGAUCUCUUGUUCUCGACCACUCAGCACCCGAUAAAUCACUCAGUUAUACAAUUAUGAUUCCUGUUUCGACGGAUUUUUCUGAAGAUGACUUAACCAACAGGGUAAGGAUAAACAAAAAAUUGAUUUGGGAGUAAAGAUAUUAAAAGGCGACUUUCUAUGAUAUAGAAUUUUUUGUUUUUCCCCUCCUGCGUAGCUGCGUAAAACUCCUUGUUACAGGAAUGCAUCAACAGAUCUUCGCAUAGAUCAAUCAUGAUAUAAUUCUACUCCAAUAAGUAAUAAGUCUUUUACUUUCUUAAAUGAUACAUCACUAUAAUCUUGCAGAUAAGAACGAAUGUGAAUUAGAUUCCAAAAUUUGUGGAUCACACUCUGCGUGUACCAACAAUGAAGGAUCCUACAAAUGUAACUGCGAACCUGGUUUUAGGAGCGCAAGUGGUGAUGGGAAGCGUUGUAUAGGUAAGAGGCUAUGAGCAGAUUUAUCUUGACUUCAUUGUUUACAUUUUUGCUCGUUAGUAUACGAGUUAACCCAUAGAAAAAUUAGCCGUAUAUACCGAUUAGGUUGAAAAAUUGAAAGAGUUAAUUUGAUUAAUUAAAGCAGUUUGCAAAAGUUUCAACACUUUGCAAUCAAUAACAAAGGAAGUUAAGAAGCAAUCAAAAAUUGGGAAAUUGGUGGAAGGGAAAAUAUAUUAUUUUUUGUUAAAUUUGGGUUUUUUUUUUUCAAAUAUAAUUUCUUCGAACCUAUUCGGUAUAUCGGGCUCACUUUUUCAGAGAUUUCUGAAAUUGUUAUGCUCUUUCAGUAUUCAGAGGUUUUAUUCUAGCAGGUCUAGUAGCAUUAUCAGACGAUAAGCAUAUGUUAACUGCUUGAUCUGUCUUUUUAAGAUAGAAAAUAUUAAUAGAAAAUAAUUCAACCUGUCAAUUGGCAAAAAAAAUGCAGGAAAUCAUUGGAAAUAUCCUUCGAAUUUAUUGGAUCCUUGAUUUUUUAUAGGGGAACUUAUUUGGUGAAUUAUUUAUAUCUAUUUUUUUAUGGCAGAUAUAGACGAAUGUAAGGAAAAGUCUGUUUGUGGAACUGUGGCAAGAUGUGAAAAUAUGCUAGGAAUGUUUGACUGCAUUUGUCCUCAAGGCUACCGCUAUGUUGAAGAAACGAAGGGAUGCCCAGGUUAACAACAAAAAACCCUUUAGUUAACUCUAUCUGAAGUCCACACUUUAAUUUUUUUUUCCAAUCGCCGUGUUCAGUACGGGAAAAUGCAAAUUGGAAUGACUACUUUCAAAAAAGAACAAGUAAACGUUAAAUUUCCCGAAUCUUUAGAAUACGAAAUUUAGGUCUAACAUAGUCCAUUCUUUGCAAUUCUCAGCUUAUAGAGGAGAACAGUGAGGCGGCGAAAUGUUAAACAGGGAAUUAAUNCAUUGGAAAUAUCCUUCGAAUUUAUUGGAUCCUUGAUUUUUUAUAGGGGAACUUAUUUGGUGAAUUAUUUAUAUUUAUUUUUUUAUGGCAGAUAUAGACGAAUGUAAGGAAAAGUCUGUUUGUGGAACUGUGGCAAGAUGUGAAAAUAUGCUAGGAAUGUUUGACUGCAUUUGUCCUCAAGGCUACCGCUAUGUUGAAGAAACGAAGGGAUGCCCAGGUUAACAACAAAAAACCCUUUAGUUAACUCUAUCUGAAGUCCACACUUUAAUUUUUUUUUUUCCAAUCGUCGUAUUCAUUACGGGAAAAUGCACAUUGGAAUGAUGACUUUCAAAUUUCCCGAAUCUUUGGAAUACGAAAUUUAGGUCUAAUUGUCCAUUCUUUGCAAUUUUCAGCUUAUAGAGGAGUACAGUGGGGCGGCGAAAUGUUAAACAAGGAAUUAAUAGUGCAACCCAAACGCAAAACGUUUGUCCAAAACUGAUAUUCUUAAUCUUUGCUUUCAGUUACUCAGAAGUAAUACUUAGUAUUAGUACAAAAAUAUAUCUCAGGUCGUUCCCUUAUAGGAUAGGUACGCUAUCAAGAAUCAUAUCAAGAUCAUAUUGAACCUAUAAUAAUUCAGGAGUUAAUGUAUAAUGAAAUUCUUUAGGCCUUAGCUUUACUGAUUAUUUGCUUAUAUCAUGUAACUAAAAAGAUCAAUGUGUUAUUUUAAGAAAAUAAAUUUUCCUCAUGUUGGCCUCUUUUUUAAAAACAUUUUUUGGCAUCAUGCAGACAUAGAUGAGUGCGCGGAGCAUGUAUGUGGUCCUAACACUUUGUGCUUCAACACCAAUGGCUCUUAUUCGUGCGCCUGUCAAGCGGGAUUUCGCUCAGAAAAUCACACGUUAAACUGCACAGGUGACUAACGAAAUAAGGUAUUUUCUGUGAAAAUAACAUUAAAUGUCUUAUUGAUUACACCUUAGUAAUUCGUCUUUCAAUCCAAACUUUUCCAUGCCCUAUUAACAAAUUGAGUUAAGAUCCUUCUAUUGAAUGAUCACUCUGUUUUAGAACACAUUAUCAAUCACUGACACCAAUCAAGCUUCCAGGUAUUACGUGCUUCGGUUUUUCUUAAUAUUUAAGUGUUCUUUCAAAUCAAGCUACACCCCCGUAAGGGAUAACUAUAAGCUGAAAUAUCUUGUAAAAUCCACGCCCAAUUCGAUCGGCGGUUAUGCCAGAGGAAUUAUCAAUUUUACUUUCUUUCACACAACAACUUUGAGAGGCUUUUGUUGGUAACUUUCAUGAGCACGCAAGCAUCUGCUACUCUAGUUUAAGACCAUAAAUGNAUUACACCUUAGUAAUUCGUCUUUCAAUCCAAACUUUUCCAUGCCCUAUUAACAAAUUGAGUUAAGAUCCUUCUAUUGAAUGAUCACUCUGUUUUAGAACACAUUAUCAAUCACUGACACCAAUCAAGCUUCCAGGUAUUACGUGCUUCGGUUUUUCUUAAUAUUUAAGUGUUCUUUCAAAUCAAGCUACACCCCCGUAAGGGAUAACUAUAAGCUGAAAUAUCUUGUAAAAUCCACGCCCAAUUCGAUCGGCGGUUAUGCCAGAGGAAUUAUCAAUUUUACUUUCUUUCACACAACAACUUUGAGAGGCUUUUGUUGGUAACUUUCAUGAGCACGCAAGCAUCUGCUACUCUAGUUUAAGACCAUAAAUGUUGUUUGAAAAAAACAAUAAGUGGCUUCCACUGACAACCUCGUCCCCAGGUCCCCUCCCAUUUUUUUAGUAUAAAGCCCUAGGGACUAGGUUGUUCCAGUGAAGGUUUUUCGCAGCUGAGGACUAGUAGAAAAUCUAGCAAGUCCAGUCAGAUUAGAGUUUGCAUAUUUUAUAUUAUAACUCUUAAGACUCAGGACUUUUGUUACCAAUAUUUCAGACCAUAAGGCUGGGCUUAAAAUCGAAAAUCUUUGGUGCCAAAAAUAUCUACAGAUUAUAUAUUAAAACGCCUGACACGAAAGUAUCUCUUCCGUCUUAAACGCUUCAUUCUGUAAUUACUUUAAAGUAAUAUGAUGAAUUCAAUUUGCAUUUUCUUGUUAUAUUUCAGAUAUUGAUGAAUGUUUGCAGAACACUUACACCUGCGACUCAGCGUCAAACUGUGAAAACACACUCGGUGGAUAUGAUUGCAGGUGUAAGGAGGGCUAUUAUAAGACAGCUCAAGGCACGUGUGCAGGUAAUCAUCAAAUCAUGUGUUGUACGCACAUAGAGCAAAAUAUGCUUUAGGUGAGGCGUUAAAGGGCCCUAAAAAUUUGUAAAUGAUAGUAGAAAGCCCUAAUAUAGACUUAACCUUUCCUGGAGUUUGAAUAAAGACCGCAUACACAAGAAUAGUCUUCAAUACGCGGUACGUUGUACCCAACCUCCCUUCCCCCUGUGAUUUGGCCUGAAAUGACCGACCGACCCACUUUUACGAAAAAAAGGGGCAAUGGAAAACGAAAUCUGAUGUCUGAUGUCUCCUUCACUCUGUGUUUAUGUAGUAAUAUAUUUACUUAACAAUUAAUAAAUGAGGCUGAGUAUCUCAUGAAGAAUUAUGGAGAUCGAGGAGGGUGUUAUCCGGCCGAGGCGGAUAAUACCCUCCGAGAUCUCAAUAAUUCUUCACAUGAUACGAAAGCCGAAUUCAAUAAUUGUUUUAUUAUUCAUUCAAAAUAAUUCCUAGUUUAAAAACAUGGCUAAACAUGCUUACCUCCAUCGAUCCAUCGAUGUUAAGAUCAUCUUCGACAGUGUACGUUUAGGGUUGUUCAGCUCCGCAAAUAUUCUCCAAAUAGCAGAUGUCGCCCUUCGAGUUGUCUUCGUGCUGUUCUUGCCAUGUUUUUAGCUAUUUUUUCGCCUAAUUCUUACUCUUGAAACGAGUGAAAUGUCCGCCAUCUUUCAAGUUCACAACCAAAACAACUCAACCUCGUCCCCAGGUCUUCUCGGUUAACGGUGCAGUAACCUGUAGAAGGCUACAUUUUUGACGUCAUUUCCUCGUUAAACACAAAAUUCUUCUAAAUUUGGUCAUCAGUAACUGGUUAUGGUGAAUUAUGCGUGUGCUUUUAGCCAAUCAGAAUCGGGGAAAUAUUUUGAAUGAAUAAUAAUAACAAUUAACCCCCAGUUGUUCGUCUAUCCCGCCUAGAUUAGCAGUUGCUACUUGCAGGUCAGUGUAAUUACUGAAGUUAAGUUCUUGAAUUGUUGUUGUUGUAAACCCUCAAUGGGAGUGGCCUAUGAUCCUUCAAUAGCAGAGAUUAUACGUUCAUUGAUUACUCACACGCCUUAUGUAAAACACACUCCUACAUACAGCUAGCUCAAAUCUCUAUAUGAUUCGUCGUGUUCAAUACACUUUCCUUAUUCUUGCUGCAGUGCAUUGUGUUUUAAAUCUUUUGAAACCUCUCUUGCAGAGAAGUGCGGUGUAAGCUGUGGCGAAAAUGCCUUUUGUCAUCAUGGACAGUGUCUCUGCCUUCCUGGGUACUCCCUUGGACCGUUCAAUGAGUGUUACGAAGGCAAGUUGCUAUAAUUUUAAAAACUCCGCUCACGAUUACAGUUUUAUAGUAACUUUGAUGACAAUUUUGAUAUUAUACGUUGCUUUAGAGAAAAUUUUUAAGCGCUGAAUCCCUAUUACUACCCGGAUCAUAAAACGAUAAAAAGUCUUUUAGCUUUUAGGACAGAUAUCCCAAGCGGUUGGUCUCGAGAGAUAUCGUACAACCUUCCGCAACUUCGAAAACACUACCAAGUCUUAUGAGAAUAAAUAUACAUGAACUAAAAGGGUCAUACAAAUUUCAUGGCUGUAUUAAUGAACGAAAUAGUCUUAUUAAGGAGGUUCUUAAGUAAGAAAAUUAGUAAGUAGUUUUUAUCGAAUGAAAUGUGGGAUUUAAAAUAGAGAUAGUCGAAAGGUAAGAAUACUCUAUCAUGUGACUUAAAUGAUGGACUCUUUCAAAGUGAAUAAUGACAAUGUAUCUUAUAAACGUUAAUUCUGGUUUCGUUUCUAGAUUCAUUCUUUUUACUUGGAUCAGGAAAGGCUCUUCAGUCUCCCUUUAUGCUCAUCAUGGCUGGAUUGUUUGGAUGCAAAUCUUUUCUUUGA